UUUCACCGCUACCCGAAGUCAUCGAGGCUACGAAAAUCUUGGGUAAUUAAGUUAAGAAUGGGGAAAGCACCAACAGCGUCCGCCCUCGUAUGCAGCAAGCACUUUCAAGAGGAAGAUUUCGUUUACCCGGUCUACAAGAUCCUCGGUUACAAGUUCCGAAAAUUAUCGGCGGACGCAAUUCCGUCGGUGAAUCUUCCCGUGCGUCCACACGACGUCAGGCGGUCAUGCGAGGGAUCGGCGAAGCGGCGACGUGAAAGGGGCACCCCUGCGUGCCCUCCCCCGCUGCCACAACUUCCAACCUCCACACAGCAGGAUUUCCUGACAACACAGGGAAACGAGGGUGCUUCGGUCAGCUCUCCAGACGAGCAUUCUGCAGCGGAAGCACGGCAGAUUGGACUUAUGGAAAACAGUAGUUUGUUGAUUCAGACACUCCACACCACUUCAACCUCGUCUGAAACGUCAUUGUGCGGCUCAACGGCAACACGAUCCAAUGCCCCAGUGGUCCCCGACGAGAGUCCUGGGGAACACCUCGCAAAUGGUGAAGAGCUCGCUACAGAGCUUGAGGAGUUCCAGAGAGAGAUUGGGAUCCAGGUCGACACCACAAGUUGCCCAUCCAAGCGGGAGCAGCUGAUCACAAUCUCUAAAAUUCCGGAUGAAAAGGGAUUGGUUGUAUUGACAGGAGUGUGCUCCUUCGAGCUCUUCUACAACAUUACAGAACUGUACACGGAGGCGCGUGUGCUCCAAACAACCCGCACAUUCUGCUUAAGCAAUGAUGAUGCCGUCCUCCUGACCUUUAUGAAGUUGUACCAUGAUGUCACAUUUUCGCUAUUGGCAGUACUGUUCGGUGUGCACCGUACCACAAUUUCCAACAUCUUUAAAGAGUCUGUUGUGAUUCUUUCAAGCAUACUUGAACAUGCAAUUUUCUGGCCCGAAAAAGAUGUCGUGGUCAGCUGCCUCACAACCUACUUCCGCGAGUACAAAGACACAAGGAUGGUGCUCGAUUGCACAGAAGUAGAAAUCGAGAGACCGAAGGACCUAAUGUCGAGGCUGCUGACCUACAGUCAUUAUAAGCGGACAUACACAGCGAAGGUUCUCGUGAGUGAGACGCCAGGUGGCUUGAUUAGUUAUGUGAGCCCAGCGUAUGGUGGGAAAGCAUCUGACACCCAUAUCACAAAACAGUGCCAGCUACUUGACAAGUGUAUCCCACACGUCGACAGCGUCAUGGUCGACAAAGGCUUUCUUAUCAAUGAACUCUGUAGAGAGAAGAAUAUCAAAAUGGUCAGACCACCUUUUCUGAUGGAAAAACAGCUCACAGCAGAUGAAGCGAGGGCUAAUCAGUCUAUUGCAAGUGCCCGUGUGCAUGUGGAAAGAGCAAUACAAAGAAUGAAGCUCUACCGUAUUUUGAAAACCCGAUUCGACCUGGAUCUCGUACCAUACAUUGACAUGAUUUUUACUGUAAUCACCGGCACAGUGAACCUCUCCAAGCCCUUGUUCAGCGAAAACAAGUUUCUAUUCAAGGGUGGUCAUAAUGGGCUCGCCUGUUAA